CUGAGUUUAGGUCCAUAUGCGAGUUGGGACUCAAAACCAGGCCGACGGUUGGUAGGCUCCGUGACAAAAGAUUGCGCGCCAGAAACAGUUGCGCUUACCAGUAUAUAUAUAAGUAGUUGUAUAAUUCCAUUUUGAACUACUCUUGAAGAACAUUUGGCUCAGGCCCUUGCGCCCGCCGCACCUACAGAUCCAUCCAGACCUUUACCGGCGGCUUAAGCCCAGCAGCCUGACUAACCUGAGCCAAGAUGGCAUUCUGGGGUGCUGUUCUUAAACCUGGCAAGCCACAUGCCUUUGUGCCGCCGCCGGAGGACUGGAACUUGCAUCUGUCACAAGCCGCGCUCGAGCCCACUGUGCCAGAGGGAAAGCGCGUUGCCGUCGCUGUCAAGGUGGACACAGACGAGGACCCCAUCAUCCUCUGCACCCUAACCGCUGGGCGUGUGGACACUGCGGCUCUGGACUUGUUCUUCUCUCAGUACUCGGAGUUCUCGGUGAUUGGCGAGCACACCGUGCAUUUGACUGGGUACUACUCGCCGCCUCAGAACAUUGACGAUGAUGAUGAGGGCGAGGAGGGCGAGGACGAGGAUGAUGAGUAUGGGCAGCGCGCGAUUGGUUUCCCGCUAAAUGAUGACCUGGAUGAUGACGAUGACGAGGAUGAUGAGGAUGAGGAUGAGGACGAGGAGGACGAUGAGGACGACGAGGAUGAGGACGAAGACGAGGACGAGGACGAAGAUGAUGACCUGGAGGGCGACCUCGACGAGGAGAUGUUUGGGUUCCCUGUGGUGAGCGGGCCGCGGCGGAAGAAGCCCAGCGUGGUGAUUGAGGAGCUCGAUGAGGAGGGCAAGCCGAAGGCCGGCAAGGAGGAGAAGAAGGCGGGGAAGAAGGGAAAGAAGGAGGACGAGGACAUGGAGGAGGCCAACGCGGACCUGAACACCGAGGGAGAGGAUGAGGAGGAGGAGGAGAAGGAGACGCCAGCCCCGAAGAAGGGCUCCAAGCAGGCCACGGCUGCUGGCGGCAAGCGCCCCGCGGAGUCGCCGGCGGCCAACGGAACCGCUGCCAAGGCGGAGCAGCCAGCCAAGAAGAAGCAGGCCGUGGGGCAGGAGCAGCCGCAGCCGGCCGCUAAGCCCGCCGAGACUCCCAAGCCGGAAGCCAAGCAGCAGCAGCAGCCCAAGGAGGAGCCCAAGUCGACCAAGAAGGAGCCCAAGUCGGAGGUGAAGCAGCAGAAGCAGGAGGUCAAGCAGGAGCAGAAGCAGAAGCAGGAGGCUAAGCAGGAGGCAGGCAAGGCGGGCAAGAAGAACAUUCGCCGUCACCCCAACGGCUUUGAGAUUGAGGAGGUGUCGUACGGGACCCCUAACGGCAAGCUUGCGAAGCCCGGCAGCAAGGUGCAUGUGCGCUACACGGGCCGCCUCAAGUCCAACGGAAAGGUGUUUGACAAGAGCGGCAACAAGCCCUUCCAGUUCCGGCUAGGCGUGGGCGAGGUGAUCAAGGGCUGGGACCUGGGCGUGGAGGGCAUGCGCGUGGGCGACAAGCGCCGGCUGGUCAUUCCGCCGCAGCUCGCGUACGGCACCAGCGGCGUCAAGGGCACCAUCCCGCCCCACGCCACCCUCGAGUUCGAUGUUGAGCUGGUGGACGUCAAGUAGAAUGAUGCAGACCUCAUUUUGAGGGCUGCGCAGAGGGAGAAUUGGUUAAUUUCAAGGGCGCUUCUCAUGUGGAGCAAGGCGGACGGAUCUUGGGCUGUUGGUGGGCUUUGUUCUGGGGUCUAGUUUUCUUGCAUCCGAUAGAGCUAGCGUGCGUGCGUGGCAGGGCGUACUGGGGGGUAGAUACUACUGGGGUUACGGAUUGGGUAGGUGUGAUUGUUUGAUCCACAAUGAUUAGUAAAAGUACGGCAGGAGGUGUCGCUUACGAGUGUGUGCAGUGUUCCUUCGUGCAUGCUCACCCUAACUCACCACUGAAUGACCCGGAAGGUCCACUACUUGAGAAGACAACGCUUGGUUCAGUGCCGUUAGAUGAUGACUGGGACUGCGGGAUUGCUCAUGCGGGGUCAUGCCGGACUGGGGGAUGCCGCUGGCAGGCCGGGAGGCCCUGGCAACGUACAAAUUCUAGCUGUGAUGCGGGCGGUUGGCGGAUGACAGCGGAGGAAGUGAAUUGUUAUGGUAGCCCGAUCCUUGGCUUGCGGGCAUGACAAAGCAGGAUUGCGCUCUGGAAAUGCCGUUUGGCCAGCAAUCCUAAGCACGAUCUGUAAGAAUGUACGAC